AUAAAUAUGGGUAAUAUAUCUAUCUUGCUUCUACUCUCUCUUUUCACUUUUUCUCUGUGUCUAUUUGUCUCUCCGUAAGAAACAUUAUGCCUUCAUCUGAUUCCACGAUGAUGAAGAAAGGAACAAAGCGCAAAAUCGAAAUAAAGAAACGAGAAACCAAAGAGCAACGAGCCGUGACUUGCUCUAAACGCCGUCAAACUGUUUUUUCCAAAGCCGCCGAUCUCUGUCUUAUCUCCGGUGCUAACAUCGCCGUCUUCGUAACCUCUCCCUCCGAUAGUUCCGAUGUUGUCUAUUCCUUCUCCGGUUACUCCUCUGCCUACGAAAUCGCUGAUUGUUACCUAAAUCGCAAGCCUCCACCCAAGAUUGUUAACCCGGCCGGAUCCAAACUAGGAUUUUGGUGGGAAGACCCUGAUCUCUACCAUUCGUGUGAUGAUCUCUCUGAGUUAAGCAUUAUCGAGGAUCGUUUACAGAGAAUGAAGAAGCAUGUGAUGGCUUGCCUUGAGAAGGAAGAAAAAUCUCAACUUGUUUCUAGUUUCGACCAAAACCCUAAUAGUACUUGUUCUCUCGACGUCGAGGAUUGUGAUGGAUCUUCUUAUUCGCAAAUUGCUUCUACUUUUACUCCAAACUCUGUCAACGAGUAUUGCAGCGAUCAAACCUUUUCUUCUUUCCAUGGCGAUCAAAACCCUAACCUCUCGUCUCCGUCUUUUGAUCAGGACUGUUACUCCUCUCUCUAUCAGAUCUGUGGAGAAUCAUCUUCACAAGUUGCUUCUUUUGAUCAAAACCCUAGCUCCGAGAUCCAAGGAUUUGAAACAGAGGAAGAGAUUAACCAAAUCAAUCUACUACUACAAGAAACACAAACAGAGGCCAAUGUCAAUUUGGAUGAUGAGAUCUGCUUUUGGAAUGAUCUAUCCAACGAUGAUGUGUUUGGUCUAAACAGCUACUUCGGUCUCGAUAACACCAAUGCAAUGAUCAACUUCGGAGAUUCCGACUUUAGACGUCAUGUCUGA